UGCUGCUCUUGUGGAGCUGUGAUUUGGGGGCAGGUAGCGGCACUUUCUAUUCCUUUCUGUCAUGGAGGCCACAUGCUGGGGGAUCUGCUCUGCGGGGGCAAUCAGCCACGAUUUCCUAGUGGCUCUGAAGACUCUUCCACCUGAGGAGCAUAAGGUGGUGGCCAUUGCCUCUAGAGAACUCAGCCGGGCGCAGAAAUAUGCCCAGACCCACAGCAUCCCCAAGGCCUACGGGUCUUAUGCAGAACUGGCUCAGGAUCCAGAUGUUGAUGUGGUGUACGUGGGGGUAAUCCAUCCGUAUCAUCUCCCAUCCACCCUCCUCUUCAUCCAGGCCGGAAAGAAUGUGCUCUGCGAGAAGCCGUUGGGAAUGAAUGCUGCCGAAGUCAAGGCGAUGGUGCGAGCAGCCAGAGAAAAGGGCGUCUUCCUCAUGGAGGCCUUCUGGAGCCGUUUUUUCCCUGCUUCAGAGAGGAUCCACUCCCUGCUCAGUGCAGGGAUCAUCGGGGAUGUGGUAGUGGUUCAUGCUGAAUUUGGACUCCCUCUGCUAACAGUGCCCAGGUGUACGGAGAAAGAGCUGGGCGGAAGUGGUGUGCUGGAUAUAGGUCUUUACUGUGUCCAGUUGGCCUGUAUGAUCUUCAACGGAGAGAAGCCGGAGUCCAUUGUGGCCUCUGGUUUUCUGCAUGACACGGGGGUAGACAAAAUAGGUUCUAUUAUCCUGAACUUCUCACGGAGUCGCCAAGCUGUCCUCACUUACACCUUGAUGACGCAGCUGCCCAACCAAGCGAGCAUCAGUGGGACCAAAGGGAUCAUCGAGAUCCCAGGAUUUUUCUGGUGCCCAAAGCAGCUGGUGGUCAAUGGGAAGAAUGAAGAAUUCCCCCUUCCUGCUCCCUCCCAAAAACUGAACUUCUUCAACAGCACUGGUUUGCGUUAUGAAGCUGAACACGUCCGACAAUGUCUCCUCCAAGGCUUGAAGGAGAGCCCCGUCAUGUCUCACGCAGAUAGCCAGUUGGUCCACUACAUUCUGGAUGAAGUCCGUAAGCAGCUGGGGGUGUCGUAUUCACAGGACCAACCUUAACUUCUCCUUUGCAUGUUUUAUCAGCCUUGUGCCUCCAAUUUAUGGAGAAAAAAUUCAAUAAAACAGAUUGUGUAGAUGUCAGUGGAAGGACUUCUGUUUCUGUGGAUUUUUCAACCAGGUGUGUGGGAUGUACAAGGAUUGCCAGUAUAUAGAGGAUCCUUAGGGAGGAGGAGAUGAUGAGUCCCUGGAUGUGGGAAAAGGCCUAAGGAGCCAAGGGAACCACCUCCUCCCAUGUGCUUUGAGCACCAGCAAAGGACCUUAUACUAGACAUUUAUGCAAUCACUAUUUACUACCAUUAUUUACAGUUCACUUUUCUUACUGAGACUCAAGAUGGAAUUGUUAGGGGAUUCUUAUAAGAAGCAGCUGGAUGAAUAUUCAGUCCUUUAUUAGUUGGGAUUUUUAUGAGGGCAUAUCUCUCUGUUAGUCUUGCCUGCCUUGUCUUGUAAUGCCCCUUCACUUUCUUCUACUCUUCUGUGACCUUUAAUAAACUGUAACGUAAGUGAAGGCACUGCGAAAGGGGGGUGUUUUGAGUUAACAACAGAUGUGACUGCAAGAACUGCUGUAGUGUUGUUUUCUUGAUACCCCUCUUAUCAGCUCAUGAUUCUACCUUUCUAGUCUUUGAAAAGAUGAAAAGAGGAGCCAAAGAAGUGUUAAACUACACACUUUAUAGUUUAUAUGGCAUGUUAUUUCUUUAGAUUGACCUGCCACUCUUUGAAAACUAAUGUUAACCCUUGAGAUUUUAUUGGUUUAAGUUUGUUUUCUGUAAACUUUUAUGUUGCUGUAAAUAAUUUCUUGUCUUAAUUCUGUGUGUAAGAAAAUAUAAAUGUGGGUGCCUACGAGGUGGCUUGACUCAAUAAAAGAAGCCACGUCCUCCAGUUUGCAGGAUCUGAGUAGGUCUGUUAGAGAGAGAACGUUUUGGAGGUCUUUCAUUCAUAGGGUCGCCAUAGGUCGGAAACGACUUGACGGAACAUAACACAUACCUAGUUAGGUAUGCGCUUUGGCUGAGUUGUCAAAGUACAUCAGUUUAUUUGAAUGUUUUCUCCAAUAAACUUUUAUUGCCAAUUAU